AUGGCUCAGCAGCAGCAUCAGCAAGACCCGCAUCUUCACUCGCAGCCUCGAAGCAGGUAUUCCUAUCCAAGUCAGCAGCCUUACGACCACCACGCGACUUCGUCAUCACUUCAGUAUAAUUAUUCCAGGCGGAGCAUCGGAGCUGCGCCUAGUCAGUUGUCGCUCCUGACUUCGUUCCGGCAUGGAGAGAACGACCACGAAGUGAUGGUGUCGCCUAUCAUGUCGAGAACGACUUCCGUCGCGGGCAGCGAUCGAUUCUCUGUUGUUUCCGGACUGACUGCCAACUACUUCUCCGCGAACCCGCAGAAUGUCAACCCGGCGCCGGCAUAUGUUGCUCCGUUCGGUGCGAAGCAGGUGGUGAUCGAGCAUCGUGGUGCCACGCUGCCGCCUUCCAGCGACAAUGAGGAUGAUACUGCGAACAAGGACGACCUGCAGUUCUCGGAGCCUGCUCUGGCUCUGAUCAAUACUUUCCUGGACCAGUUACUGUUCAGCUUCCUUUCUACUGCCCGAUCGACCAGCUUACUCGCCCUGAAGCCUGCUGUGAACGAUGUACUCAAGUCGAAACUGGCGCGCGAUGCCAUUCGGAGUGCCGAUGAAGAGCUGCAUGAGUUGCUCGCAGGAGGCGACGAGGAUGAGGAGAACAAUGGAAAGCAGAACACAGCAGAGCAGAGAAGAAAGUGGGAUCUGGAGCUGGUAUGGAAGCGGACAAGAUUGAGGGUGAUGGUGUACAUGAGGCUAGGAGAGAUGGAGGAUGACGACGAGGAGAGAUAUGUGAAAGAAGAGGAACUAUUCCAUGGCAACGAGAAGCGCUUCUCGCAAUCCACUGGGCUGGUGUCUUGGGCUGCGGCAAUCUUCUUGACUGGCGUGCUGGAGUAUAUCGCCGAGCAGACCUUGCAGGCAGCAGGCAACGCGGCCUACACUCGUGUUCGACGUCAGACACUCAGCGGUCGGAGCAUGUCGCCUGAAGAGAAGCAGGCCCCUGUUAUCGUCGAGGAGCACGAUGUUGACAAAUGUGCGCUAAACCCAACACUGGGCAGGAUCUGGCGAACUUGGCGAAAGCUCUUGAGAAGCAAUUCCACCACUCUGGCUCAUCAGCGUUCUGCGAUGGGACGUUUAAGCUCUGAGAGUUUUGGAAGGACACCUAGUGUGGUAGAGGGUGUGGAGGAGUCUGUUGAUGGCGAGCCCACAAGACCAAUCAUGUUGGAGGACGUACCGGAGAUGGACUUCCCAGAGCACGUAUUGGCAUCCAACAUCCCGCUACCAAUGUCUGAUCGUAGACGGGACGUGAACGAAAUCGAGGUACCAGGCUUGGCUCAUGAUCCUGACACCGCGCAUUCGAAGGACAGUCAAGCAAGCUCGGCGAUACGCCGAAACAGCUUCACGCUGCCAAAGGCAUAUCGAAUGGACGGUGGGCUGCCGACACCCAACGACUCGAGCCCAGAAGACGGCAUCUCAAGCGACAAGCCAGUUCUGCUUCGACGACGAUCAAACUCUGUGCCGACCCCGGUACGAACGCCCCUCUCCAUGGAUCUUCCUGGUGCAUUUCCCAUUGAGGAGGAGCCUGUUGCAGAGGCCAAAGCAGCCCAUGAGGGGGAUAUCGCGAAGUCUACAAACGUCGAGGAUGAGCGUGACCAGCAGAAAGCUGACGCAACCGCAAUGACUCCGCUCAAGCGUUACUCUGUGGGCGCGAAAGAGCUUUUCGACAAGGUCAUCGACGGUGCUCCACCAGAAGAGACUGAUGCGCAGCACGAGAAGAGCGAGCAUCAUGGCUUGAUUGGCGGUGCAGUCGCGGCUGCCUCUGCGGCUGCUGCUGGUGCGGCCGCAUUGGUGUACAGCAGGAAGAGCGGUGACCAAGCAUCUCCUGUAAACGAGAGUCGGCCACAGACAGCGACAAGUGAGCAACGUGCUAGAGACGCCGCGCCAAGCGCAGCUUCCAGUCGAUCUACCCGCGAUAUGAGUUGUGCGGAGUUCGAGAACAACAAGAGCUUGAUGGACAUGAAAUCGUUACUGGCCACCGGACAGGUCAGCGCUCGUCGUCGUGCGGAAACGCCACCACAACUAGGAAGGACCAGCUCAGACGAGUCCAGGACGUCCUACAACCUCAACAAUGGCCAGAAUCUACCCCAGCAAUCCCCGGCGAAGCGUCAACAUAUCAAUAACUCCAUGCAGGAAGAUUUCGUCUUGCCAGCUGGCGGACUCAUGCAGCAGCAAGCAAGGGGUGACUGGGCGAACCCUCGACCCGAGCGUUUGGUUCUGCCUGGUACUCCACCAAAGCCGAGUGUGGAUCGUGGCCUCGUAGAGAGUCCUUCAGUCAAGAGAUAUUCACCUAACUUCUCGCACAAUGCGGUCACGGAGAGCGGCUUGUCAGGCCUACCUUCUCAGAGGUCGCAGGCUCGCAGAAUCAGCCAGCCACCACUUAUCGAACAGGAUCGUGCUCCGAGGCAACCACAUAAGCGUCGCAGCAUACCGGGAAUUGCAUUGUCCAGCGCAUCCGCAACUCCAAUUAGUGAACGCAAUCCUCAUCGUCAGUCAUGGAGUGCCGCAAUACAGGCACAGCGCGACAGCCAGAUGGGUGGACGACCACUUUCGGUGCCUGCCGUGCCCUCCAUGCCAUUCGUGCACAAAAGCGUGCCCAUGGAGCCUCUGCAAGUCCAGGAGCAUCCUGUGGUUCAGCGUAUGGCCAGCUUAAAGCGCAAUCAGCACAAGAUCGAGUCGGCAGCCGAGCAGCCGGAAAGGUCGCUGACCAGCGCGUCCAUUCGUGGACCCGAGGACUUUGACAUGUUUGUGCAAGGUGUAGAGACUGUCAAAUACACAUUGACCCCUGAGACAGUGCGCGAUCUACCUGUGCAAACUGCGCCAGUCGAGCUGUCAAGCGCUCCUUCUGUAUCGAGACGAAGACCCACAAAUCCCGAUAACGAGGAAGGCGAGCGGGAUGUUCGAACGGGCCGCAGCUCUACCGUCAAACAGGCGACUGCAGCCAUACCAGCUGAUCGAUAUACUGACGACGAACGUGCUGCCCGGGACCGAAAGCGUCGGUCGGUCAGCAAACCCCCGCCACGGAAUAUCAGUGCGCACCGCAGAAGUGGUCUCAUGGCUCGCGAGCCACGAGUACAGACAGAGUCAACUCAGGACUUUGCAGAUUUCAUCCGGUCUACUGGCCCGUCUCGAGAACAAGAUGUAAAGCCCAUCCUCAACCCAGCGGCAAUGUCGACGACCUCAUUACAUUCGCUUCGUUCAGCUCAUAUCAACGGUGCAGGCUCUCGGGCCUCUUCUGUGGCGAGCCAGGACCGCACUCGUAGCAUGACCAAGGCGACGAUGCAGUCCGAGAACGUGCCGCCGGUCCCAAUCAUGCCUGCGGUGUCGAGCAAGCCCAGCAAAUCGACCCUGCAAGCUCGUGCAGCGACCAGCAAUGGCGAACCCAAUAGCGAGCUUAUUGACUUCAUCCGCACUGGCCCCAGCCAGGAUGGGGAGCACCGCAUAUCACGAUCUGUGGCGCCGUUCCGCAAUACUAUGGACUCGGAUCAAUUGCAGCCCAUGGGAGAGCAGCUCAAUGCUACCAGUAGCAGACCGCAGGGUCUGAAACUGGACACGAAUGUCGGACCCAGCGGUCCAGCACCGAAGAGCGCUGGCGCGAAGAGUCAUCGUUCAGGUAGACAUCCGGGUGAGAGUAAUGCAGCUCAAACCGUGCACCCGGCACACAGCGGUCAGCCACAGCACCUCUCGAGCGCUGCAACCACGCCCAAAUCAGCUACUGCACCCGCUGUCGAAGCUUUACCAGGUUCACGAAAGCGCAUGCGAAACAAGGACCCAUACGCCAUCGACAUGGAUGACGAAGACGAUGAUCUCCUGACCGCUCUUCCCAAGAACAAGCGCCAGGAGGAGAGUCUGAUGGACUUCUUGAAUAAUAACGAGCCACCGACGGAUAAUGCACCUCGCCCAAUAGUAACUGGCAACAACGCGCAAGCUCGCACCUUGCUUAACAAACCACGGACGGGCAGUAUCAACAGUCUUCGUAACGCUGCGAAUGGUGGUGACGGUCGCACCCGAUCUGCGCAGAGCAACGGCGGGCCACGGCCAGGCUCCCAAAACGGUCGUCCCGGUUCCAGCGCAACCAUGAGCAGUAUCCCUCGCCCAAAAAUGGAAGCCAAAUCCCCUGGUGACGGUAGCAAGGACGCCACACGUUUCGGGGCCUUCUCCAAGGACUCGAAUACUAAGGAGCUGGCCGACUUCUUCAAGAACAGCGCGCCAGAUGGUAAACAAGGGCCCGGCGCGAAUGCUGACGACGAUGGCGCACCUGCGCCGAAUAUCAAUAGGCAGAGUAAGCUGAACCCCAAAGAUGCUGCGAAAGUGCAGAAGAAGGUUGAGCAGGAUAGUUUGGCAGGUCAGGGGAGGAAGAAGGGAUUCUUUAAUAAGGCUAAGAAGAGCUGGCUGAAUAUGCCAUGA